AUGGUUGAUUGGCCUCUCACUCCCGUUGACUACAUCAACGAACAAUCGACAACCCAACUUUUAGGAGAUGUUGUUGGUUACGUCCGGACAAUUGACCACCUUCGAAAUGUCGGACCAAAACAGGUGAUGUUGUACAAAUUAACGUUGUCCCUCCUUGACAAAAAGGUAGCAGAUGUAGCGGCUUUUGGAGACAUGGCUUAGUAUGCAGAAGAUAGCGACCUUUCCUCUGGACAAGUAAGUUUAGUUUUGUAAAUAUAUUUUUGCUUUUUAAAAUUCUAUAUCAUUUGUUCAGAAAAUUCGAAUGACUAAUUUGAAAUGUGUCAUCUAUAAGGAGGAACGAUAUCGUGUCGGCGACUGUAACUACCAACUACAACUCACCGCCUUGAGUACAAUUGAGGACUUGGGACAAAGUGACAAUGUCGACAUAGUUAAUCCACAACUCUACAUUGAUUUGACCUUUUCACAGCUCCAUACUACGCCGCAAUCGACUCAAAUUAGUAAUUUGUCUUUUUUUUGUCAAUAUAAUUAUGAUUUUAGGACUUAAAGAUGUCUUCAUGAGAGUUAUUCCAACCCAAGGCCGCAAUGGUGGUGUUUUUUGUGGUUACGUUUGCAACGAUUUGGGACAUAGGCUGAUGGUAAAAGUUUUGUCAGUGCGCGAAAACAAGACCUUUCCAAAGCUUUUUACUCCCAUAUCUUUGUGUGGAAUUUACAGAGACAAAUGUAUGUUUGAUCUUUACUCUAAAAUGUUUUUCCUGCAGAAGAUACAAUGAAAUUUUUAGGCGUUGAGUGCUAUGACGAUUCGUUGAUCGCUGAACGUAAUGGACAGUCCUUCAACAUGGAAAACGUUUUCGGUACUCCAAAAAAGCGUGUUUCAACCAAAGCUGAUGAUGAACCUUUACCAAAGAUUCAAAAUGUUGAAAUUUCCGCUUCACCUUCUAACUCCCAGUUGACCGAACAUCAAUGCUCGACCGUUUCGCUAGAUGAUCAACCCUCAACUUCUGCCGAAUCUCUGGAGCUGGCGCUGGCUUCUCAAUCGAUCGCUUCGACCAUUCCACUAGAACAACAAAACUCCACUCCAAUGGAAACCUUGAAGCCACCCCAACCCAUGAAGCAGCUGAGAAGCUACAAAACUACCAAGAAACACCAAGAUUGA